AUGGCACAGGCCACUGCGAACUCGUUCCUUGCCUCCGCCCCUGCUAGCGAUGCCUUUCAGCUGCUUGCUGAGCCCAAGAAGGCUGGCGCUGCUGAAGAUGAACUGUAUGAAGCGCAGAUAAAAGAGGUAGAGGCAUGGUGGCAGUCGCCUAGAUACGAAGGAAUCAAGCGGCCUUACAGCCCAGCCGAUGUGGUCUCCAAGCGCGGCUCGCAGCAUCAGUCAUACCCUAGCUCCGUGAUGGCGAGGAAGCUCUUCAACCUCGUCAAGGAGCGGGAAGCAGAGGGCAAGCCCAUCCACACAAUGGGCGCCAUAGAUCCUGUCCAGAUGACCCAACAAGCCCCCCAUCAAGAGGUCCUGUACAUCUCAGGCUGGGCCUGCUCCUCCCUUCUUACCUCUACCAACGAGGUUUCCCCCGACUUUGGUGACUACCCCUACAACACCGUACCGAACCAGGUCCAGCGUCUCGCCAAGGCGCAGUCGAUGCACGAUCGGAAACAAUGGGAUACUCGCCGGAAGCUCAAGACCGAGGAACGCGCAAAGACGCCGUAUGUUGAUUACCUCCGGCCCAUCAUUGCCGACGGUGAUACCGGACACGGUGGUCUCUCUGCCGUCCUCAAGCUCGCCAAGCUCUUUGCUGAGAACGGUGCGGCGGCGGUCCAUUUCGAGGAUCAGCUCCACGGCGGCAAGAAGUGCGGCCACUUGGCUGGCAAGGUUCUUGUGCCUAUUGGGGAGCACAUUAAUCGUCUCAACGCCGCUCGGUUUCAAUGGGACGUCAUGGGCUGCGAGAACCUCGUCAUCGCGCGGACUGAUUCGGAGAGCGGCAAACUCAUCAGCAGUGCGAUUGACGUGCGCGAUCACGAGUUCAUCCUGGGAGUUGCGGAUCCGAGCUUUGAGCCCCUCGCCGAGACUAUCCAGGCGAUGGAGGCCAAGGGCGCGGUCGGUGCCGAAAUCGACGCUUUCGAGGCUACUUGGGUCAAGAAGACGAAGCUUGUGACGUUUGAUGAGGCCGCUGUGGCGCACAUGCAAAAUGACGGCGUUUCCCAGGACGAGAUUGACGCGUACCUCGAGGCGACCCGCUCGAACCGCGAUAUGGGAAUCUCCCAGCGCCGCAAGCUCGCAAACAAGCGCACCUCGACACCCGUCUACUUCUCCUGGGACGUCCCCCGCACGCGUGAAGGCUUCUACCACUACCGCGCCGGCAUGGACGCCGCCACGAAGCGCGCCAUUGCCUUUGGACCCUUUGCUGACCUCCUGUGGGUUGAGACCGGCGACCCCAAUGUCGGGGUCGCUACGGAUCUGGCCAGAGCCGUCCGCGCCGUCUACCCGGGCAAGGGUCUGGUCUACAACCUCAGUCCUUCAUUCAACUGGAUGGCACACGGAUUCACAGACGAUACGCUGAAGAGCUUCAUCUGGGAUAUUGCCAAGGAAGGAUUCGUCCUGCAGCUCAUCUCGCUUGCUGGCUUGCACUCCAACGCCACCAUCACGAACGAGCUUGCGAGGGACUUUAAAAAGGACGGUAUGCUGGCGUAUGUGAACAUUGUUCAGCGGCGCGAGAAGGAGGGUGGCUGUGACGUUUUGACGCACCAGAAGUGGAGUGGCGCGAGCUACAUUGAUGGAAUCCUAGGGGCUAUCCAGAGCGGCAGCUCGAGUAGCAAGAGCAUGGGCGAGGGCAACACCGAAAGCCAGUUCCACUAG